AUGAAUAAUACAAAUGCUAAACCAUUUAUUACCAAGAUUACGAAAAAUGUAAAUGAUGAUAUAAUUAAUGAUAACGAUUAUAAUACUGGCGAUAACAAUGAACUCACAUCAUAUGAUGAAAUAAGAAGAAUUUUUCAAGAAGAUCCAAUACAUGAUAAACAACCCACCAAAACUACAUCAUCACCUAUGACAACAACUACAGUUAAACCAGAAAAAGAGGAGGAGGAGGAGGAGAAUGACUUAGGAUUGAAUGAAGCAGAUGAUGAAUCAUCACCUUGCAGUGGUGGAGAUGAUGACAGCCAAACAGAUUCAGGAAGACAGGAUUAUGAUACUGUUGGUGCAGAAGAGGAUUAUGACUACUAUCAAAUGAUUCCAUGGUUUAGAAGAGACCAGAAUCGUCGUCCUUCAAGAGGAUCUUAUCGCAAACCUAUGCGUGGUACAUGGUACUCAUCGGAUCAUUAUUUUCCAUUCUAUAUUCCACAUUAA